AUGCCUUCGUCGAACCGGGGGUGGCAGAGCGGGUGGUUCUACCUCCGGAACGACGGCGGCGUGCUCCCGAAGUACUCCGGGAAGAUGGUGACGGAGAGGAUGGGGGUCGUCAAGGACUCCCUGCCAUCUGUCCCAGAGGACAAGGAGAUCCGGGCCCAGAAUCGGGCUCGGAACGAGGAGCAGAAGAAGGCCAAGGAGGACAAGAAGGCCAAGGCAGCGCGGAAAGCGCAGCGGCGGGAGAUCUCCGCCAAAAAUCAUCGUUCAGCCCCGGUGGGUCCUCAAGAAGGGGGGAAGGCGUCGGAGGCCGGAUCCGAGGCGCUACCUCAAACGGUAGUGCCAGAGGGUCCGGCCGAGCCCGCCCCAGCGUCCGGGGCGGGAACUGUUGCCCUGGUGGAGGCGUCGCAGGCUGAGACCGCCGUGGUGGCUCCUGCGCCGUCGGCAGGCGAGGCAGGGGUCGGACCGGCGGCCCCAGGCGCCGCGGGAGGCCCCCUAGGAGCUCCGAGCUCCCAGAAGAAGUCUGCUCCCCGAGCGAGCCGUAAGCAAAAGGCGCCUUCGGUGGCGCUGGCCCCCCUGAAAACUGUGAAGAGGGGGGCUCAGUCAACUCCCGGGUCGGCUAGGCCCGUGUCUCCGCUGCCUCCAGGCUACGAGGAGGCAGGGCGCCACCCGGGGCAAGACACGGGGGCGCCGAAGCCCCAAGGACCGGAGGACGCUGACCUCGGAGGCGCGGCCCGUCCUGCGAGCGCUGAGGAGGGGCGAGCCAUCAUGGUGUCCAGCGCGGCGCCCGAGGCCCCCGUGGCGGGGAGGGAGGAGGAAACCGGAUGGGGCAAGAGCCCCGGUCUGGAUGCGUGUGGGCGCGCCGGGGUCGAGGCCCUUAACCGAGCUACCCAGCUCGUGGGUCGCGACAUGUUUAAUUUGGCUCAGGCGCUCAAGGCCACCUCCCAGGAGAAAUCGGUAUUUCUCCGUCGGGAGAAGGAUGCUUGGGCGUCCUUUGAGAAGGAGAGGGCUGCCAGAGAGGCGGCCGAGGGGGAGCUCGCGAAGGAGUUCUGUGAGGGCUACGUCCUCCCGGAUGAUGAGGCUGAGGCCCAGGAGGAGGUGCAGAGGCUUGAAGACGCCGUGGCUACCCCUGGAGAUGCCUUGGCCACCUUCUUCGACGACGAGGUGGAGCUUCCGCACCUUGUAGCUCGAGGACCUAAGUAG